ACUCUGUUUUGCUUUUGGUCUCCCUACCUGUGCUUCCUCCCCCUUGAUGCUUUUCAUGGUGGAGAUGGCAAGAAGCUUCCCUCCUCCUCCCCAAAGGUGCAAUGCCUUUUAAGGGGCAUUCUCCUUGCCUUGCAUCUCUCUCUCUCUCUCUCUCUCUCUCUCUCUCUCUCUCUCUCUCUCUCGUGUCCUAGCUUUCUUGGUUCUCUUGGUGACGCGUCUCUCUCUUGCGGCGGCGGAGGAAUGGCGGCGGGGCUGCUGCUGAAGCUGGUCGGGUUCUGCUUCUGGGCCGUGUUCUGGCUCGGCGGCGCCGCCACCGUGAGCACGAACGCCGGCGCCGGCGGCGAGGCGGUGGUGGUGGACGCGCGGUCCGCCAUUGCUGUGACCGACGAGGACUUCGUGUGCGCGACGCUGGAUUGGUGGCCGCCGGACAAGUGCGACUACGGCACCUGCAGCUGGGGCCUCGCCACCCUCCUCAACCUCGAUCUUUCCAACAAAAUCCUGUUGAAUGCCGUCAAAGCAUUCUCACCUCUGAAGCUUCGGCUGGGAGGAUCUUUGCAAGAUGUGCUGAUAUACGACAAUGGCGAUCCUCGACAGCUGUGCACUCCGUUCACCAAGAACUCGUCGGCCAUGUUCGGCUUCACUCAAGGUUGCCUACCGUUGCAUAGAUGGGACGAGCUCAAUGUGUUCUUCCAAAAAUCAGGAGCAAAAAUUAUCUUUGGGCUAAAUGCUCUGAAUGGCAGGGUCCCCAUGCCUGAUGGUUCUUUAGGAGGGCCAUGGAAUUACACCAAUGCGGCUUCCUUCAUCCGAUACACUGUUAGCAAGGGCUAUGAUAUCCAUGGCUGGGAGCUUGGAAAUGAACUCAGUGGUAGUGGAGUAGGAGCUCGAGUUGAUGCAGACCAAUAUGCAGCAGAUGUUCUUGCUCUGAAACAAAUCAUUGACACCUCCUACCAAGGCCAUGCAUCAAAGCCAAUGGUGAUCGCACCGGGAGGCUUCUUCGACGCAGCCUGGUUCACCGAUCUUAUCAGCAAAACAAAGCCAAACCAAAUGGAUGUGAUCACUCACCAUAUCUACAAUUUAGGCCCUGGUGUCGACACGCACCUGAUUGACAAAAUUCUUGAUCCAUCUUACCUCGAUGGUGAGGCCGGCACAUUCAGCAGUCUCCAGGGGAUACUGAAGUCUGCAGGGACAUCCACCAUUGCGUGGGUCGGCGAGGCUGGAGGGGCCUACAAUAGUGGUCACCACCUUGUAACUGAUUCCUUUGUGUUCAGCUUCUGGUACUUGGAUCAGCUAGGGAUGUCAUCAAAGUAUGACACAAAGACCUACUGCAGACAGACCUUGAUUGGAGGGAACUAUGGCCUGCUCAACACGACAACAUUUGAACCCAAUCCUGAUUACUACAGUGCUUUACUAUGGCACCGACUCAUGGGAACCAAUGUUCUCUCGACAACAUUCAACAGCAUGAACAAGAUCCGUGCUUAUGCGCAUUGUGCAAGAGAAUCAAAAGGGAUAACCCUACUCCUGAUCAACCUCAGUGGCAACAACACAAACCAUAUCUACGUGACAAGCGAAGGCACGGGCGCGCAACCUUAUAGCACAAAGAGGGAGGGAAGAAGACCUUAUAGAACAAAGGGGGGAAGAAGGUUUGGUCACAUACCAGGGCUCGGCGAAGAAGCUCAGCUCAUCAGAGAAGAGUACCAUCUCACUCCCAAAGAUGGGAACCUGCAGAGCCAGCAUGUGCUGCUGAAUGGCAAUGUGCUGGCACCUGAUGCCAAUGGAGACAUCCCUAAGCUUGAGCCUGUGAAAGUGGAGGGAACACAGCCCAUAACAGUGGCCCCUUACUCCAUUGUGUUUGCUCACAUUCCCAGCUUCUAUGCUCCUGCCUGUAGGUAGAUAUUGUCGAUUCCUUGAUUGGUUUUGGUGUGAAUUUGGGGAUGAUGUUAUUGUUGUCAUAGAUUAGAGCAAGUGCAGGUGAGAGGCAAAGCAUGCUCACCUGCUGCAAAAUGAAGCUUGCUGUAAGGCUGAAAGAUUCUUUGUGUGGAAAAAGGGUCAAGGAAAUGUAUGAACAAAGGGAAGGGAAUUAUAAAGAAAAUA